AUUCUUUAUAUUUCAAAAACUGUCACUGUGUAUAUAUGUACAUGCAGAUGUAUGAUGGACAAAUUGCUCGUAGAGUGAUUUUUCUUUUGGCAGGGAAAGACUGCUCAGUCGAAGAUUUGUGGUCGCAGAGUUUAAAGAUGAUAUUCAGGUUAUACCAAAACUGUGGCUGCAAAGUGGAGACCUGUGCAAAUAUCCUUCAUUACAAAACAGAUCAAAGAAUUAGAAAAGCGGUAGAAAAAGAAGAAGUUCCAAGCACCAACUGGACAUUCCACACAGUUAUUCGGAUAUUUGGCGAAUAUUCAUCUUUGGAAACAGCUGAUGAGAAGGCAAAUAGGGCUAUUUACACAUCAGAUAUGGAUACCGAAAAGGAGGGAAAGGAAUAUAGGAAACAUAGAACAAAAAAAAGAGUGUUUACUUCAUCGGAAAGUGAGGAAGAGCCAUAUACAACUGUUUAUUUACCUCCUCCAUCUCUUCCUCUGAAAGUUCAACGACGCAGAAACGACGCUGAUGAAAAUAUUUGUAGUGAACGUUCGGAGAAUGUCACUUUCCAGAGUUUCACCAGACAUAACGAUUAUGAAUCACCGACGAUGUCAUAUAAAGGCACACGCUCAUUUUGUAAAGACGUAGGUAACGAAAGUUCAUCAUAUGGGAGGAUAAAAGAAGCUAACGAGAUCGCAUAAAGAAUCGGCACACUGAGACAUCAUCAGGAUCCAUUAGUUUCUGCACAAAAUUCAGGAGAAGGAGCUCGAGCUCCAUACUGAUAAUUUAAAUUACCAAUCGCAAGGAGCGAUUGGUAAGUUGAAAUUUUUAACAAGCCUAAAAAGAAACGAACUGCCGAACUUGCGAACAAUUGGACUAUUUAAAAAAACUGACCCGAGAAAUAACCGUCGUAAAAUAUAAUGUAAGACGGUCAUUGGACUUGUUGCAUAUUUUAGUGAAGAAAUCAGACGAAAAAGAAAAAUCACGGAAUCCGACAUAUCUCUUCGAGGAUAUUGAAGAUUUAUUUCCACUAAAAAAAAAUUCCAAUUAAUGGAGGUUGAGGACAUUCUAAAAGACCCUAAAUCCCAACGCGGCGAUGCAAUAGGCGCUUAUGUGAAAUCCAUAGGAGGAAAUAACAUGGAUGAUGCGGUGAAAAGAAGCCUCUAUAAACUAAUCUCAAACGGAUUGGCGGAACAG